GGUCCUGCGAGCCGCUCGCGCGGGGCGGGGCAGGGCGGCCGAGCGGAGUCCGCGCGCGCCCGCGCUGAGCUGCACGCUCCGGCGGCUGCGCUGCUCCCCUGCAGCGACGUCGCGCCGGGGUCCCCAAGCAUGACCGAGCUGAGGCAGAGGGCGGCCCGCGAGCCGGACGCGCCGCCGGAGGACAAGGAAUCAGAGACAGAAGCAAAGGUAGAUGGAGAGACUGCAUCGGACAGUGAGAGCCGAGCAGAAGCUGCUCCUUUAUCAGCCUCUACAGAUGAUACACCAGAGGUCCUCAACAGGGCUCUUUCCAACUUGUCUUCAAGAUGGAAGAACUGGUGGGUGAGAGGCAUCCUGACUUUGGCCAUGAUUGCAUUUUUCUUCAUCAUCAUUUACCUGGGACCAAUGGUUUUAAUGAUCAUUGUGAUGUGUGUUCAGAUUAAGUGUUUCCAUGAGAUUAUCACUAUUGGCUACAAUGUCUACCACUCCUAUGACCUGCCCUGGUUCAGAACCCUCAGCUGGUACUUUCUCCUGUGUGUCAAUUACUUCUUCUAUGGCGAGACAGUGACAGAUUACUUCUUCACUCUGGUCCAGAGAGAGGAGCCUUUGCGGAUUCUCAGUAAAUACCACCGCUUCAUUUCCUUUACUCUCUAUCUAAUAGGAUUCUGCAUGUUUGUACUGAGUCUGGUCAAGAAGCAUUAUCGACUGCAGUUCUACAUGUUUGGCUGGACCCAUGUAACAUUAUUGAUUGUUGUGACUCAGUCACAUCUCGUUAUUCACAACCUGUUUGAAGGAAUGAUCUGGUUCAUUGUCCCUAUCUCUUGUGUGAUCUGUAAUGACAUUAUGGCCUAUAUGUUUGGCUUCUUCUUCGGUCGGACCCCUCUCAUUAAGCUGUCCCCGAAGAAGACCUGGGAAGGCUUCAUUGGAGGAUUCUUUGCUACAGUGGUGUUUGGCCUGCUGCUGUCCUAUGUGAUGUCCGGGUACAGAUGCUUUGUCUGCCCUGUGGAAUACAACAAUGACACCAACAGCUUUACUGUGGACUGCGAGCCCUCCGACCUCUUUCGUCUGCAGGAGUACAACAUUCCUGAGGUGAUCCAGUCAGUCAUUGGCUUGACAACAGUCUGGAUGUACCCCUUCCAGAUUCACAGCAUUGCCCUGUCCACUUUUGCCUCGCUCAUCGGCCCCUUUGGAGGUUUCUUCGCAAGUGGAUUCAAACGAGCCUUUAAAAUCAAAGACUUCGCCAACACCAUUCCUGGCCAUGGAGGCAUCAUGGAUCGCUUUGACUGCCAGUACCUGAUGGCCACCUUUGUCAACGUGUACAUUGCCAGUUUUAUCAGGGGCCCCAACCCAAGCAAGCUGAUUCAGCAGUUCCUGACCUUGCGUCCAGAUCAACAGCUUCACAUCUUCAACACACUCAGAUCUCACCUGGCUGACAAGGGGAUGCUGACAGUUGCCACGGAGGAUGAAUAGGGGCCCUGGGGCUGAGACAGCAGGAGCAAACGGAGCAAGGGGCCAGGUUCCAAGGCAAGCCCCACUGAUGUGAUUCAGACAAUGACGAGGCUUCAACUCACUGUUUUUCUUUUUUUUUUUUUUUGGGGGGGGGGGUUAGAGUGUUUUUUAUUUGUGGGUUUUAAAAACAAUCUGUAUAUACUGUCUUUGUGCUUAUGAUUUGGGUCGUGGAUAAACUACAGCUUUGAGUUGGAAAGAAGUCACGGGGGUAAGACCAUUUGGGUUUUUUAAAAAAAGUUUUAACCUGAAAGACAGUGUUGUCCAACCAGGGUGCAUCUGCUUGUGCUUCUUGCUCCCAAGCUAGAGCCUCUGUUUCUGGGCUCGAUCAGAAAGUGGAUGUUCAUCUGUGUCUGAUCAGUUCAGGGGGUCCCCUGGCCUGUCGUCUUUGUAGCUGCUCCCAGCUGGGAAGAGGUGCAUAGCUUGGAUGUCUUUGCUACUGGAGAGCUUUCACCUGGGCUUCUCAAGAAUUCCUGCCCUGGAAUGAUGGGACAAUUGCCUUCUGUACGCCGGAGGGACAAAAGUUUGUUAAUUAGAUAAGCAUUCUACCCACAAAGUCCUGCGGAGUGUGAGCUCUGCUUUGAUAUGGGUUCACCUUACUUCAUCAUAGACCGAGAGGCGGCUUCAAUAUUUUUUUCUUCAGGAAGCACGAGAAAUUAUUUAUAAUAGUCUGAAAAAAUACACUGUAAUAUUUCAAGUGUAUGCAGUAGAAUGUACUGUAACCGAGCCCUUUUCCACAGGUUAUAGACUCAAGUGGCUCCUCUUGGGUAGUACAGCUAUGUCUUUUCAGGGACGCUACUGUUCACGUUUGUGCUGUAGACUUGUUGCUGCUGAAUCCUUUCUGGGGGCUUUCCUGUUAGGCAGGGAGCAGGGGGCUUCUUGUUCACUCACCCUUUGCCUGACCGACCACCCUAAUAGCUGCUGUGUUGUAUAUAUACUACCCUUACGGCAAGUGUGUAUCUGUGUGUUUUAAAAAAUCACUUCUUUCUUACAGUGAUUUCAAUUGUACCAUGACUUCUUCACUGAAACCACAAAAUCCUGCUUACAACUCUGGAAAACCUAACCUGAUUAGAGGUGUGACUAUUCUGAAGAUUACAUGCACAUUUAUAUAUAUAUAUAUAUAUAUAUAUAUAUAUAUAUAAUAUUAUAUAUAUAUAAUGUGACCAGUUUAGAUGUAGUUUGUAUUUUAUUGAGGGACCUUUUUUUCUUUUAAACUGUGAUUUUUUUUUUUUCCCCCUGCCUGAUUAUAGGAGUGAGGUUGACUUUGGGGCAACAAGUUCUUUGUCAGGACAAGAAGGGAGGUUAGGAGAGAGAACUUGGUGCCCAGGUGUUCGGUUAUUCUGUGCCAUGGUGGUUCUCAUUGCCAAAUGAGGGUGCAGUGACUUGCUUCAGCACCUUGGUCUGCUAUUGGUUCAUUCUGUUUCUGUUUAAAUCAGCCUUCCCUGGAUGUUCACAGUCAGCUUAGGUCACUGAUAUGUCUGGCGCAGGGCAGCCGGCCCCUCUCAACAUUGCAGCUCAUGAUCACUGCGUGGCUUUCUCCACGUUUGCAGCACUGAAGCCACUUUCCCCCCUCUGAGCUUGUACUUCCAUUUCAGUACAUGGCUUUUCUGGUUCAGGGCCGAGGCCCCUUAAAAACAAAAUGGGUUUUUACAUGGGGUUUCCGUUCUGGCUGUGUGAUCCUGAUGUGACCAUCUGGCAGGACACAGCACUUUCUUGGUCCUCAUCUUGAGUGCUCCCCUAAUUCCAGUGUUCUGUGAUUCUGGCUGAGCAAGUUCAUGUCACCAGAGGCUAAUUGUGGGUAUCGAGUUGUGGCCUGGGCACCCAAACAGCAAGAGAUUUCAGGCCAUUACUAAAUGCCUGACCUUGAGAUGAGUCAGUAGCUCACUGAUAAAUCUUAAACAGUGAAGGUCAUUAGUAACAAAUCUAGUUUUCACAUUGAAGAAUGAACUUGGUUUCUGAAACCAGAGACACAAGGGGUUGGUUGUUUCUGUUGCCUUAGUGUGGGCAUAUGGUGGGGGCCUUGGUGGCUGGAGCCCAGCAGCCCUUGCAGAAGACUGUCUUUGGGAUCAGGGUGCCUGGCACCUUCCUCUGUGGAAGUGGUCACCGAGGGGGCCUCUGGGGUCCUAGGAAACUGAAGCUGGAUUCUCACUAGAGCUCUCAGCAAGAAGCCCAGAAGGUCAGCUUGGGUUUUAUCUUCUGUUUUCCCCACCUGCUUUCUGGUCAGAGAAGAGGAAUUUCCUAGAGCCUAGUAGCCAGGAAAGCAAAGCCACCUUGUGUCUCUGAAUAUGCACAGUGUUUUUCCUUCUCCCAUUUGUUAGGAUAUUUCACCGUAUGGUCAAGAUGUAGGAGACUAUUUUAACAUACUCCUGGACUGAUCUUCAUGAAUGGCAUAACUUGCUUCAGAUCCAUUUUUUUGUGUGUGUGAGAAAUAAAAUGUGACCGAAACUGUGUGCUCUCCCUUGUUGUGACUUCAGUUUCUCCCUCCCAUGUGUGGUUUUCCAUUCCCCACUUGUUUCUGCAUCAUUAUUAUCUUGCAGUCCUAAUUUAGAAACCUUUGUUUUUUGCUCAGAAUCUAGUGAUUUCUGGAGGCACCUCAGGUCGGAGUCCUGAGCACCUUACUAGUGAGGUCACUGAGGGUCAGAGCAGCGAGAGUGCUUCUCCAGGGUCACCGGGCAGAGGCAAGCCUCAUUCCACCUUGCACUGCCCCGCUCACCAGGAUAGGGAUGAUCCCUGGCCCCACUUGCUUUUGUGAGAUGGUGUUAAGUGUGCCUGGAAUUCUGCAGCAUUGGUUCUUCAAGCCGAGGAGGCCCAGCACCAGGUUGGCACUUACAGAGGGAGCUGAUGAGCAAGGGUGUCCUGGAAACCUGGAGGUGGGGAGGGGUUCUGCAGAGGGCUGGGCCUGAGCAUCCUCCCUGGUGAGCCCAACUCGUGACUGCUCAUGAGAUGCCUGAGUCUUUUCCCCUUCACCACCCUCAGCAUUGAGAAAGUGUACAUGUAUGUUUUGCUUCUGAGAGUGAAAUCCCUAAGGCAACCUGGAUCUUAUUUGUGCUUAUUAUUUUUUGCCUGUUUCAUAUUCUGAGCAUAUUAGUAGCUACAGUAUAAUUAUAUUUUAAGUUAUUUACUCUUAGUGUUUUUUUAUAUUUUGUAUCUCUAAUUCUAUAAUGUAUGUCUGAAAUUAGUGUCUCACUUUUAGAAGGGGUGGAAUGUAACAUUUAAUCUUAUACAGGUGGACUUUGGAGCCAUUUUCAUAGUAUUUGUUUUUUCCCACUGGGCCGCUUCUCCUGUAACUUAUAUUUUUGGAAUCUUCCUGCAUAACACAUUUUAAAGAUUAAACAGACCCUGAAUUGAAUCUAAGCUACUUGCUGAGUUGGCUGGAAGAUGAUCCUAAUGGUUUCCUGAGUUCAGAUCUUCAAACUGUCCACGAGUCCCCAGCAGGCUCAGCGGCACCCCCAUGUCGAUGGAGGUGGUCGGGAGGAUGUAAAUGACUCAGGGCAAAGAGUGUUACUGCUCAGAAAACUCAACAAUGGCCUUUCUCUAUUAGGAACCUGCCCUAGGUCAAUUUCUAAGUAAGUAGAUUUCCAUUACUCUAUGCAAUGUGAUCCGUCAUUCUGGAACCUCUUCCUGUGUCCAUAAUAUUUUAGGCACCGUCACUGGCUUCCAGAGUAACUCCAUCUGGGCCUACCUUCCUUUCCCAUUGUGAUGAUGUGCUGAGUAUCAGGUGGAGUAGCGAGGGGGUGGUUUUACUUUUCCCAGGGUUCCCAUUCUUCCAGAGUCAGGGAGGGGAGGAACGGCUAGGAGGAGGAUGUCCAGGUGGCUGUUUAGACAUCACAAGACAGUGAACCAUGGGCAUACUCACUGUGCUUGUGUGCAGCAGGGACUCUGAAGAAGCAGCUAUAACAAAUCCUCAGCUUCUUCCCUAGAGGGGCUGAUUCUUGGCCAGAGUCUCAUUGUUCUGUCCUUGUCUUGGUCAAAAGGAACUUCUCUUUCCCUUGAUCACUCUCCACACAGUUGUCCAUUUUCCAGUUUUUGAAAGACAUUUGACACUCCCAUUGUCUGAUUUGGUUUCCCUUGUUGGGUAAGGGCCUGAUGGCCUGAUCUGCAGAGGGUGCUGCUCUUGGCCCAUAUGAUCAAGAGUGAACAGUCUCUUCUAGGCCCACCUCAUCUUGGUCCUGGACUCUGCUCAUCCACAUCUCUGCAGCAGGCAGGCAUUCUCAGUGAGGAAUGGAGUCCCAGCUGCUGACUGCUUGUACCACUGUCCAGUGUUCCUGUCUUUCUGUUCCUCCUGGCUCUGCCCUGUCACCGCCUUUCAGGUUGACUAGUAGGGACCUUACUACCUGGGCUCUCAGGUGGCUAGAAGUUAUUCUUACCUGGGGCUGUCUCUUAAUGGAGUAAGACUUUCACCUGUUUGUAGGUGGACUGUGUUUUCAAGAGCGAAGAGCUCACAGCUAUGAGGGCAAUUUGGGAGAUAUACUUUGGAUGUUGGGGUUCGUAGAAUAUUUGAGUAAUUUAUGAGACUAGAGGGCAGAAUAUGUGGCAUCUUAAGAUUUUAUGGGUAGUGGGUUUCAAAUCUCUUGGCCUUUUGAAGACCCUGUCCCAUCUCCUUCCCCUCUCCACCAAAUGCCUAUCUGCUGAGGCUCCUUUUUAUUCUUGAGCAAAUAAGAUACCAGCAGUGUAUUAUUAUUAUUAAUAAUAAUAGUUGCAAUAAUAGUCAUAGCGCUUAAUAUGUGCCAGGUAUAAUGCUAAGGGUUUAUAUACAUUAUCCCUUUUAAUCCAGAAAACAGCCUUUGAUUAGAUAUUAUUGUCCUCAUUUUAUAAAUAAGGAAACCAAGGCACCAUGACAGGCUGAUCUCACUGGUUAAGAAGAUAGACUUCGGGCUCGAAUAGCCCUAGGUUUAGGCAGGUUACUAAAUCUGAUGGGGUCUGACAGUCACCUCCCACAAGGGGUUAUUCUGAGGAUUUUAUGAGCUAAUGCAUGUAAGCAUUUAGCACGGUGCCUGGCACUUAGUAAGCACUCAAUAAAUGGUAGUUCUUGUCAAAUUCAAUAAGUAAUUUGAACCGAAGUUAGUGUAAUGCCAGAGACUGGGUUCUUAGUCACUACACUGUUACUUGCCCUGCACACAGCCUGGGUGUUCACAGUCUAGAAGAUUUUGAGAGAGGCAGGCCAACUUUAACACCCACCUACAGUGUGUGGGUGCAUCAGACUUCAUUUAGAAGGCUAGCCUGACAAAGGGAAAGAAGACAUGAUGAUGGGCAGCAAUUCUUCACUCUUAGUUAGAGUGGUUUCCGUGAGGUCUUGCCCACUUUCUGUUGCCCAUGGCCUGGGCUCUCCUUGGAGAAGGUUCUUACCUCUUGCCUGAUGCUGCCUCCACUCCAUGAGAGGUGAGGUCUUGUGACUCACUCUGGACCCCAUUUUCCUUUGUACACAGCUCAGUGGCCUGAGCAGUAUCCUGUAUGGGUGGGCCUCUCAAGGGCCAAGGAGAAUGGGGAAAAGAGAAACCUAUGUGGCAGAUUAUAGUACUGAUGGAAAUCUUAGAAGUUCUGCCCAUACCCUCACAACAUAAGUCAGGGGCCUUGUGUUUCGUGCUUUCUUAAAAGUAUUAAUGGGCAAGGGGUGCCUAGAUGGCUCAGUUGCUUAGGUGUCUGCCUUCAGCUCAGGCCAUGGUCCCAAGGGUCUUGGGAUUGAGCCCCGUGUCAGGCUCCCUGCUCGGCGGGGAGCCUGCUUCUUCCUCUUCCUCUGCUGUUCCUCCUGCUUGUGCUCUCUCUCUAUCUCAAAUAAAUCAAAUCUCUUAAAAAAAAAAAAGGUAUUAAUGGGCUAGAAGCAGAUGACCUCUUGAGAGGCUAGAUGGCAUGGAGUAUUUGUUUCUGGUGGAGUCUCGUUUAGCUAGAAUCAAGGUUAGUUUAAAGGAUCAGAUAGGUGUGUGAUGAAUGAACGGAAAACAAGCACUGGGAUUGCGUGAACAAUAUUUCACUUAGUUUUCCAAAUGGAGAUGGGGACUUGAGGGAGGGCAUGUGUUUGAGGUGGAGGGUUCUUUGCUUUGAAGGAAUCUUGCUGACAGAAUCCAUGAGAGUCUCAAGCCAAUGGAAUAAUCAUAACUACCAAUUGACCGUGGACUGUUUCCUGGGUGUUGUUGGGGAAUGAAGACUAGACUCAAAGCCCCGUUGUAUUUAAAGAAUGGUCUCUUCCCUUCAGUUAAAUAAUGAAGUAAUGACUAUGAAUGGAAUCAGGAGAAGGUUGUAGAAGUGUUCAGUAAGCAUCUGCUCUGACAGGCUGAUCUUAGUUUGCCCUCACGCCCUCCUGGACUCAUAUUUGCCAGGCCUGGCACUUCUUCCCUAAUUAUUGCAUCUGAUGGACACAGGUUGCCGUCUGUCUGUGAAGAAAUGGGCUCUCAACUGGGGACAGGGGCCCUCUGGACAUCGGGGCGACAAUGCCCUGUGUUGGUCUCCUGGGCACAGGGCAGGGCCUACCUAGCUCCUUGCAGCCUCCCUAGGGCUUUACCUAAGUAACACUCACAGGGUGUAAGUGGACUUAGCCACCUGGUGAUUCUGUCCCAAGUGAAAUUGUGUCUCUGAUACUGUUUUUGUCCUUGGCUCCCGGAACACAUCUGCUUCUCCCCUUCAUUCAGUUUAUGGACUGGGCUUGCUGCCUUUGUGCCUAGAAAUGCCAGAAUAGGAAGGGAAUUCUAGUUGGCAGAAUGAAUAUCCAUAUUCUUCUAAGAAUGUCCUUCAUGUGCUGCUUUGUUUUCAUUCACAGAGUGUCGUGUCACUCCUUAGGUCAUCCUGGCUGGGUAUCUGGGGAACUGGUUAGAAAGGGGAAGAGAUGAGUGGACAUCAUGGCCAAUAAAAGCAAAGGACUUGGAGCUGCAAGAACAAGUCAGGACAGAAUGCAGAGAUUUGUUGCCCUCCACCCAGAAGACGGGUGAGAAGCCACAGGAGGCAAAGGAGAGGCCAGGCAGGAGUCCUGUGGCUGAGGGCAGACUAACGGGGGGCCAGCCCUGUGUUUUGUGGGUGCAGGGACCAGAAACAGAGCUCAGAAGCCUAUCCAGGAAGAUUCAAAGCUCACGGAAUAUGGACUAUCCUCUGGAGCUGAUGCUGAUAGCAAAUUUUUAUUGAUGCUUCAUACUUUCCUAAAGGGAAGGGGAAAACCAAAGUGGGUGAGGUAGGGGGCCCCUCUGUGGAAGCCCCAGGAGCUCUGGGGUGUUGGGGGAGCUGGGCACAGCUGUGGAGCUGCUCCUCAAUUCUGUCUUGCUCUGAGGAUCGAUUUAACCCGAAAGCUCCCCCAGACAGAAACACCUCCCUGCCCCAUUGGGGAGUGCCAGGCAGUCACCUGUGGCCCAUCCCAGCUGUGUCUGUGCCACCCAGAGGUUAGCCUGUGUGUACCCUGCCUCCUCAAGGUCAGUGUCUCUGCUCCUCCCCUCGUGCGGUGUGAUUCAGUCACGUCAGACGGGUAAACUGGUACUAACACUUGCUUUUCCUGCGCUCACACACUGGUAGCCUUGGAGCAGCUCUUGGGGGUGUAUGGAGCCCACCUGACAGUCCUUAGGGCCUCCCCAGAUAGGUGUGCUGCGGCUGUGCCCUUUACCUGACCUGGGGGUUUGCGGAAUCCAUGUGUAUUAGCCACAGCUGACCUUUCUCUGUGUUCUGAUCUGUGUUGGAACAGUACAUGUAGAUUCUUUUUCAGUGCAGUUCCAGAACAUCAUGUAUUGUACAUUGGGAAAUAUUUACCUUAUUUAUAUACCUGAAUGUUCCUGUUACACAAAUAAACAUCUAUUAAGUUCUG